GCGAUCCCCCGUGUAAGAGUGAGGUGGAGGAGGACAUUCUAGAAGAUGUCACCACAGAAAAUCCCAGUAAGAAUUCUGAGGGAAACGCCAUGCUGUCACUAAAUAAUAAAGCAGAAGAUGAAGAUAUCCUGCAGCAGUCUUCAGGGGAAAACCUCAUUAACCUUAAUGUACAUCCAGGACUUCACAGUACAAAUCUGUCAUAUAAUCCUCCUAAUCAUGAGGAACCUUCUCCUGACCAAUCACAGAUUGUUACCCCAAAUACAAGUCAGAAAGGGGGUAAAAUAGGUGACAAAGAGAUCACAAAAAGCUUGGGUCUUUCUACAUAUAGAAGAAUUCAUACAGGAGAGAAGCCAUUCUCCUGUUCAGUAUGUGGGAAGUGCUUUACAAAGAAGUCAAGUCUUGCUUCACACGAGAGACGUCACAGAGGAGAGAGACCAUAUAUAUGUUCAGAAUGUGGGAAAUGUUUUAAAUAUAAAUCACAUCUUGUUACACAUGCUAUAAGUCACACAGUAGAGAAGCCAUAUUCAUGUCCAGAAUGUGGGAAAUCUUUUAAGUAUAAAUCACAUCUUGUUGCACAUGAGAGAAUUCACACAGGAGAGAAUCCAUAUUCAUGUUCAGAAUGUGGGAAAUGUUUUCAGAAAAAAUCAGAUCUUGUUAUUCAUGAGAGAAUUCACACAGGAGAGAAGCCAUAUUCAUGUUCAGAAUGUGAGAAAUGUUUUACCUGUAAAACAAAUCUUGUUACACAUCAGAGAACUCACACAGGAGAGAAGCCGUAUUCAUGUUCAGAAUGUGGGAGAUGUUUUACACAGAAAGCAUUUGUUAUUAUACAUGAAAGAAGUCAUAGAGGAGAGAAGCCAUAUUCAUGUUCAGAAUGUGGUAAAUGUUUUACAAGUAAAUCAUAUUUUGUUAAACAUGAAAGACGUCACACAGGAGAGAAGCCGUAUUCAUGUUCAGAAUGUGGGAAAUGUUUUACACAGAAAUCAACUCUUGUUACACAUGAGAGAAGUCACACAGGAGAGAAGCCGUAUUCCUGUUCAGAAUGUGGGAAAUCUUUUUCACAAAAAUCAGCUCUUGUUACACAUCAGAGACGUCACACAGGAGAGAAGCCAUAUUCAUGUUCAGAAUGUGGAAAAUAUUUUGCACAGAAAUCAAAUCUUGGCAGACAUCAGAUAGGCGAUCCCCCGUGUAAGAGUGAGGUGGAGGAGGACAUUCCAGGAGAUGUCACCACAGAAAAUCCCAGUAGGAAUUCUGAGGGGAAUAUGUUAUCACUAAAUUAUAAAGCAGAAGAUGAAGAUAUCAUGCAGAGCACUCUAGUAGAAAAUCGCAUUACCCUUAAAGUACAUCAAGGACUUCACGGUACAGAUCUGUCAUAUAAUCCUCCUAAUCAUGAGGAACCUUCUCCUGACCAAUCACAGAUUGUUACCAUAAGUGCAGGUCAGAAAGAGGGUGAAAGAUUUCAGUGUCGUACUGGGGAGAAACGAUACUCCUGUUCAGAAUGUGGAAAGUGCUUUACAGAUAAAUCAAGUCAUAUUGUACACGAGAGAAUACACAAGGGAGAGAAACCAUUUUCAUGUUCAGAAUGUGGUAAAUGCUUUACAGAUAAAUCAAGUCUGGUUAGACAUAAAAGAAUUCACACGGGAGAGAAACCAUAUUCAUGUUCACGAUGUGGAAAAUGUUUCACAAAUAAAUCACAUCUUGUUAAACAUGAGAGAAUUCACACAGGAGAGAAGCCGUAUUCAUGUUUGCGAUGUGGAAGAUCCUUUACAGAUAAAUCAUAUCUUGUUAUACAUGAGAGAAUUCACAAAGGAGAGAAACCAUUUUCAUGUACACUAUGUGAGAAGUGCUUUACAGAUAAAUCAAGUCUUGUAAGACAUGAGAGAAAUCACACAGGAGAGAAACCAUAUUCAUGUUCAGAAUGUGGAAAAUGCUUUAUAAAUAAAUCAAAUCUGGUUACUCAUGCUAGAAGUCACACAGGAGAGAAACCGUAUUCAUGUUCAGAAUGUGGGAAAUGUUUUGCAGAUAAAUCAAAUCUUGUUACACAUGAGAGAAGUCACACAGGAGAGAAACCAUAUUCAUGUUCAGAAUGUGGAAAGUGUUUUGUUACAAAAGCGAAAUUGAGGGAUCAUCAAAGAAUUCACACAGGUGAAAAGCCAUAUUCAUGUCCAGAAUGUGCAAAAUGUUUUACAGAGAAAUCAAGUCUUAUUAGACACGAGAGACGUCACACAGGAGAGAAGCCAUAUUCAUGUUCAGAAUGUGGGAAAUGUUUUAUUACUAAAACCAUACUUGGAGCUCAUCAGAGAAGUCACACAAGAAACAAGCCAUUUUGAUGUUUAUUAUGUGGCAAAUGUAUUACAAGGAAAUAAACUUUUGUCAGAGAAUUUACACAGAGAGGCAACCAUAUUGUUUGGAUUGUGGAAAAUGCUAUAAGAGCAAAAAAUGAAUUAGCACAUUCGGUUAUUCACGGACAUUAUAGCCAAUGAGAAGGUUUCUUUUUUUGGGUAGAAUUAUCCUGGAUCUCUCAGAUGACCAAAUUAUAUUUUUAUGAGGUCAAAUUUUAAUGAGAUCCAUGGAGGAAAAGCACUGUGAAUAUAAGGAAGAGAAGAAGAGCCUUGUUUACUAGAUAAAGCUGGGUUCACAUGUGCACUGUGUACUCUGGUAGUCUGUUCUGGUAGAGGAAAACACUGCCAGAAUUCACCGUAUCACUGUAAGGGGAUCUGGCAGUAAUCUGGCCGCUUUCUGGCAUACAUGCCAACUUUCGCGAGCCCCAAAAAUGUUGCAUGUAGGUUUUUCUUGUUCGGCUAAAAGCUGUCAUGUACACUGGAUACAGUGACUGCAUCACAGUGGUGUAGCUCACAAUGCAGAUGUGAGCCCGGCCUUAGGUGUCCUCAUGAACUUUGCUUCUUAUCACUGUAUUCACACCUCCACCCACUCUGUGGGAAAGUCCAGAGUGACAUGGGGAGAAGUAACGAUGCUCCAUGUCAUUGUUUUAUAAUGUAUGUGAACAUAUUAUUAUUUCAUCUUCUUUCAAACAUUACUAAACAAUAAAGGUGAUGGAUCUGGAGAACAACACUUACAAAUUGACUUUCAGAACCAUGCUAUUCACCCUCCUUCCUGACCAGUACAUGUAUCUUCGAAAUCUGUAACUUUUUUAUUUGGUUAUUUAAAUAAUUUUUGUGCCUUUUCUUGUGUGAUACAUUGGGCUUUAUUUUAAUUUUAUUACAUCCAAGAAAAUGUAAAAAAAAGGAAUAAAUAAUGGCU